AGACUUGAAAUUUCAAUGGCGGCCGAGAACGGAAUCUGCACCGGCGGCGACCGAUCGGCGCUGAUCUUCGUCGGCACCGGAUGCUCGAGCGCCGUUCCCAACGCAAUGUGCCUCAUCCAGCCUUCCGAUCCGCCCUGCCACGUGUGCUCCCAGGCGCUCUCCCUUCCCGCCGAGCAAAACCCUAAUUACAGGUGCAAUACGUCGCUGCUGAUCGAUUAUCGCCGGAGCGACGGCGAGCACAGCUACGUGUUGAUCGAUGUGGGGAAGACGUUCAGGGAGCAAGUGCUGCGGUGGUUCACUCGCUAUAAGAUUCCUAGAGUCGAUUCUGUUGUUUUGACUCAUGAACAUGCUGAUGCAGUUCUUGGUCUGGAUGAUAUACGUACUGUACAACCAUAUAGUCCCACAAAUGACAUUGAUCCUACUCCCAUCUACCUAACUCAAUUCGCAAUGGAGAGCAUUGCGGUGAAGUUCCCUUACUUGGUUCAGAAAAAACUUAAGGAAGGCCAAGAAGUGAGGCGGGUUACACAACUCGACUGGAGGAUAAUUGAGGGCCGUUGUGAAACACCUUUUGUUGCAUCAGGCCUACAAUUUGUUCCUUUGCCAGUGAUGCAUGGGGAAGAUUAUGUCAGCUUGGGUUAUCUAUUUGGUGAACAGUCUCGAAUAGCUUAUAUAUCUGAUGUGUCACGUUUUCCUCCAAGCACAGAGCAUUUGAUUUCAAAAGAUGGCGGUGGGCAGUUGGAUCUUCUUAUCUUGGACACAUUAUACAAGAACGGAUCCCAUAAUACUCACUUUUGCUUCCCACAGGCUCUAGAAGCUGUAAAGAGGAUUUGUCCUAAACAGGCCCUGCUAAUUGGAAUGACUCAUGAGUUUGACCACCACAAGGACAAUGAAUUUCUUGUGGAAUGGUCUAAGCGGGAAGGGAUACCUGUGCAGCUUGCGCAUGAUGGUUUGAGAGUCCCUUUAGACCUAUGAUAAGGUUGAUGUGGUCGUGUAUUAAGAUGAUACAUACUAUACAGUG